CAGGAAGUUUGACAUCCUUGGCCUGUUCUAAUUUAUAUAUCCUAUCUCUGGUCAUCUUUUUCCUCCACAGAUGGCCCAGGUUUUCAUGCCCCGAAGCCUGCCGACCACCCUCGGCAAGCUGCCAUCGUCCCGCCUGGCCUCUGGUCCAUCCGGCACUCCCUCUAAUGAGUCCACCCCACCCCUGGCAUCUGCUCCAUCCAGCACCGCCUCUAACGAGUCCACCACCCCACCCCUGGCCUCUGCUGACUCCAGCCACACCCCCAACGUCUCCCCAGACUCCUCCCUGGAUGAUGACGACGUCCCUCCAUCCAUCCUCCACCCAUCCCCAUCAGGACUCCCAUCUCCAUCCGGACUCCCAUUCCUCUCCUCUCCUCCACCCAGCCUUCCUGCCUCCACCCUCAGCCUUCCUGGCUGCCUGCCGAGCCUGGCUCCCAUCCUUCCCUCCACCACGUCCCUGCCCCCUGUGCCUGUGCCCUGCAAAGCCCGCCGCACCUUCUCAAGGCUGUCCCUCCUGGAGCCCCCCUCAUCUCUCCCCCCAUCCCACCUUGAGGCCACCCCGUCCCAGCUUCCCCCCCUGGACCUAUCGGCCCUCCUGAAGACGCUGGGGGCCACUAGUACCAGGGUCGCCCCUCUGCCCCCCAUCCAGGUCAGGGCAGCAGAGGAGAGGGAGGACAUGGAGAGCGGUAUGGAGUCAACUGAGGAGUCAGAUGACGAAAUGGCCACAGUUGUGGUGUGGUCAUGUGACCAGGAAGUGGCGGAGGAGGACGGGUCAUGUGACCGGGAAGUGGCCGAGGAGGAACUGCAGAAAAAGAGGAAGAAGAGGAAGAGCUUCAAGAACAGGACAGUGAAGUUCUUCAGAAGGCUGAAUUGCUUCCACUGCAGCAAAGACAAUACCAGAGAUGGGGACUUUUGACUUGUGACUUGGACUUGAGUCAGACUUGAGACACAAUUGACUGGACUUGAGACUUGACUUGGCAAUAUUAGGAACCGUUUGGGACUUGACUCGGACUUGUAUGAGAGGGAGGACAGAGAAGGAGGAGGGAUCCAAUCAGAGACGCCUCAUUUUCACGUCAUGGAUAUCCAUGAGAAAGACCAGAAAACCCUGUUGAUUGUCCACAUUACUACAAUUGUCACUUUACUAGCCUACAAAGACGGCUUGAAACAAAGCAACUGGACUUUUUUUUAAUGAUCUUGGACUUGACUACAGCCCUGUUACUAAAUAUGAAAAUAAAAAUAAAAUAAA